UCCCAUUCAUCCACGUCUCCUUUUUCCCUCCUCCUUCUCUCAAACAAGCCAGUCGGUCUGUCAAUGUGCUGCGAGCAUUAGAGCAAGUCAAAGCAGUGGGAUUUUGAAGCAGAGAGACGGAUGCGAUAACGAAUGAAGCGCUUUCCUCUGGCCGAGAAGCGAAUCCAAAUGAUGCGCUACAUCAGAUAGGCGUCAAUUUCCAAGCGGGACACAACUCGCAUCUUAUUUUUUUUUAAUCACUUCACAAGUUUCGCGUUGGCCUUUCGCGACAUUAUGAGAGUGGAGAUGCUUUUCUAGCUCGUUGGUUUGUUUCUCUCAGUUGUCUUGUGUUGUUUGAAUUGAUUCUUGGACUUAUCAUCGAUUUGGAUCCUGAUUUGUUUUUGUUUUUAAUUUUCAACGAAUGUGGUGCUGAAGGAUUUGCGGAUUUACAACCCGUGUUGAACCUGUGUAUGCUAUUUUUUUUUUUACAAAGAGGAGAAUAAGGAUUGCAAUGCGCAUUGACUAAGCCCACCGAGCAUCAACAUGUCUUUAUGAGGAUGGAGCUGUGGACACGAGUGGCAUCUUUUCCGUUUUAAACGCUUUACCUUCAGUUUUUGGUCGGAUCUAGACUGUUUCCUUCUGAAAGACUGACAAUAUUUAUUUUCAGUCCAGCCUGAUAUGUUGGAAGGUAGAUCUUUUUUCGAGAAAACAAGGUAAUGGGAGAGAAAUCACACAGAGUCGGCACAGAGAACAAGGGAACAUUGUUCGGAAAAAGACAAUUAGGGCGCACCGAAAGGCAACAGAAAUAGCGUUUGGGCAGCAAUACAUUUCACAAAAUUCGAUUCAGUGGAGUUACAUUUAAGCUGAGGAGCACUGCUUUUGAAAAAGAAGGACUAAUGACAAAUUAAUGGGAAAGUCAUGGGAUCGACACAGAAAUAGUACGACCGUGGACGCGCAGAAAAAACGUCGUUUUUGGACAUCCCGAAACACGGAUUGAGCAAGUUUCUCCUGUACAUUUCAGAGUCUGCUUUUGUCUUGAUCCAGUCCAAUUUGAUGAAUUGUGGAUCCAUGAGGUUGAAUAGAGCAGGCUUUCACUUCACACGCUGACUGCCUCUACCUAUAGCCGGACCGGCUGGAGUCGCACAUCCAUUGUUUUGAGAAUCUCCUUUCUACAGCAUUGAAUACACAUAACAAAUAUUGCCCGUUUCUUUGAAAUGGGGCUACAUAUGCUGGGAGUCAGGGUUGAAAUGGCGUGUCGAGGAAAUGGGAUUCGAUUGUGGAUCCUGCUGAUAUUCUUACUGGAUUUACUGGCGACGGCGGCCAGCAAUAUGGAGCCCAUCUACUGGAAUUCACUGAACGAAAGGUUCAGGGACGAUAAGGGCUACGUUCUGUACCCUCAGAUCGGGGACCGGCUGGACCUCAUCUGCCCUCCGCUGGACACCAUCAGGUCCACGCCAGAGUACGAGUUCUACAAGCUCUACCUCGUGUCGACGCGGGAACAGGCGGACCGCUGCGAGGUGAGCGGCCCCCCCAACAUCGUGCUGACCUGCGACGAACCCAUCCGCGAACGUCGCUUCACCAUCAAGUUCCAGGAGUUCUCGCCCAACCUCUGGGGCCACGAAUUCAAGAGCAUGCACGACUACUUCAUCAUCGCUACGUCAGAUGGGACGCGUCAAGGCCUGGAUAGCAUGAGGGGCGGAGUGUGUGCCACGCAAGGCAUGAAGGUGGUCCUGAAAGUGGGGCAGAGCCAAUAUGGGCUGCCUCCGAAGAAGGAGCCUCCAGCGGGACGCACCACCAGCAGAAACCCAGGCGGAGCAGGGAACUCCACCCAGUCUCGAGGAACCAACAACUUCGGGGGCGAGGGCGGCGAGAAUGGGCCCCUUCAGCCCUCCAACAUCGCCCUCAUCGCCGGAGCCGCGGGAGGCUCUGCCUUCCUCCUGCUGGUUACGGCUGUGAUCUGCGUGGUGUGCUACCGCCGGCGGCACGCCAAGCACUCGGACACCCACCACCCUCCACUGUCGCUGUCCUCGCUCACCAGCCCCAAGAGGGGAGGAGGCGGGGGCCUCAGCAGCUCCAACAACAACGGUUCUGAGCCAAGCGACAUCAUCAUCCCUCUGCGGACGUCAGACUCAGCCUACUGCCCGCACUACGAGAAGGUGAGCGGAGACUACGGACACCCCGUCUACAUCGUCCAGGAGAUGCCUCCUCAGAGCCCAGCCAACAUCUACUACAAAGUAUGAGACGGCCACUGCUCUGGCCGACUGGACACAUCCACCUCCCUCUACCCUUUACCAACCAACCCCCUGCUCCAAAUGAAGCCACAGCAAAGCUCGCCAUCACUGCUCCGACCCUGAACCCCUCAAUACUACCAGUAUUGUCCCAUGGACCCCCCACUCACUGCCCCGUGAGCUUGGCCUCAGUUGUGUUUCUAGCCAUCCCACCCCAUUCUCACACAACUGGGCCACCAAGUGUGUGUUAAGGGCAAAGUCGUAUUGCUACAUAGCCCUUAUUAACAAGGUCCUCACAAAUGGACAAGAGCCUCUGAGUGCCCCCUUCUUGUUAACUCAGAGCUAAACGAGACCCACCCAUGCUGAAUUGAAGAGUCGUCCCUAAAAACGCCAGCGUGUGUUACGUGUGUGUGGCAACACACUUUAUUUCUAGGAGUAUGGACCUGGCGUUGAGACUUGAGAUGUUUUACAAAAGAAAAAAAAGUAAAGGACUACAACUAAAAAAUAUACUACGCCCUUGAUCCCACUUAGCGCCGGAGAACUCUGAUUUCCAGAGGCCGUACCUGCCCAGCUCAGCACCCCACCCCUCAGAGCUCCACCGGCUAACCAGAGACCGGCCUCUGCCACUAACUCACCAAUAGGAUUCUAGUUUGUUUGUGUUUGUUUCUCCUGAGAAAAUAGGGGCCUCGGACUCAACCAAUCAGCAAGCCCGGGCAGGCGGUCACAUGACCAGGCCCAGGCCUGAGGAGGCCUGACCAAUCGGUGACACUCAGAAUCUUGUAUAUUUUAAUAAUGUGUGUGUGUGACUGUGCGAGUGUGCAUACAACUUGGAUAAUAAUUAUGGCGCUGCUGCUCCACAUUAGACUUGUGUGUGCAGUUAGUGCGCUUCAGUACAGCAAGUUUGCAUAUGAGUUUGCAUAUGCGUGUGUGGGGUUUAGUUUGUGUGUGUGUGUGUGUGUGUGUGUACGCUUUGUGUGUGAGUGACUGUGAGUACGCGUGCGUUCUUUAGACUUGUCUUAAAUACCAAAACACAAAAUAGUGAGCGAAUAUCAAAAAAGUGAGAUUUUUUUAUCGCUAUCGACACUUAUAGAUUAUAUAUAUGAAUAUCCAGUAAAUAAUUUUAGAUGUUUUCUUUCUGUUUUUUUCUGUUUUUCCUUUGUUUUAUUAUUUGUACCCACUCUGUUAAACUACACCUCUGUUGCUAGACAUUUUUUAUCUGCUGUUUUUGUUUUUCACAACUUAGAACGACCUUUUCCCUUUGCGUUGUAUAUUAAUUUAAUCCCUUUUUUAAUUUUCCCAGCGAACAGAGGUUGUGUCUAUCUUCCUCUCUUCCCUCUCUCAUUCACUCCCUCCCUCCCUUUUUCUCCUCCCCCUCACACCCCUCUGGGGUCUCUGAACUUUGUGUAUAUUUUUAUAGCUCCUUGUACUAUGCUGUAGUUUUGAAGUUUAGACCUCGUUUGUGGAAGUGUUGAGGUAGAACCAUCUAUGAAAGUUAUUUUUUUUUCAAACGCUUUUUUUGAAACGCAGAAGUGAAAAGAAGUGAGG